GGAGACGCAGAGGCGUCGGAUAUAGUUUCUGUGCACUGUGGACCCCUACUGAUUCGCUUCUAUUGAUUCCGUCGUGUGCAUCAUUCUGCCGCCGUACCUGUAUAUUUCUUGAUACAGUGAUUUAUAUAAUAAUAAAAUCGUCGUUUAAUAUCGUGUUUUAUCAAGAUAAAUUAAGAAGAAAGUGAAAAGGAUAUAAAAUGACUCCGGAGGGCUAUACUCGUGUCUACGUUGGUGGACUCAAUGAGAGCAUCAAAAAAGAAGAUCUACAGAUGGAGUUUGAAAAAUAUGGCAAGCUUAACAAGGUUUGGGUGGCCUUCAAUCCUCCAGGCUUUGCCUUCAUCGAAUUUCUGAAUAUGAAUGAAGCAGAAUUGGCAUGCAAUAGUAUGAAUGGCACAGAAAUAAUGGGUGUCAAGUUAAAAGUGGAAAUUUCACGUGGUAGAGGUCGUGGCGGAGGUAGGGGUGGUAUAGGAUUCAGAGGUGUUCGUGGUACUACUGGUAGGGAUUUCGGUUCUCGGGGUGGUGCUAGUAUGGGUUACAGAGGAGGCAGUACAUAUGGAGAUUAUGGGGGCAGCUAUUAUGCAGGCAGGGGUGGUGGAAGUAGAGGUAGAGGACGCUAUGGAGAAGAUUAUAUGUCCAGUCGUACCGGUGGGUAUGUUACUCGAGAUGGAUAUAUGCAAGAUGCCUACGGUGCUACUAGCGGAGACACUGGCAUGGAAUACUACACUGGCAAGGAUACCAGCACAUCGAGGUACCGAAGCCGCUCUCCGGCUGGCCGUGGCAGUCAUCGUCAUCUACGUGAAUGCACAUAAAAGAACUACGCUGCGUUGCCAAUCUGAACUGCGGGCCAAUCACCCACCCGCCUCGACGACUACAUUUCUAUCCAAUCUACGCAGCGACGUGUAUAUAAACAAGAACGACCACUGCAGUUUAUGCUGCAAAAUAUAUUUGCAUUAUAUGAUCUGAUGUGACAGAUUGUGGUCGUUGCCACUUUUCUUAAUUAACAGUUCAUAAGAUUCUGUAAAAGUUCUAUGCUCGAUAUGAAACGGGGAGAAAGAUAAGACUCUAUCUGUCGGCAUUUAGAGCCUUAACUCAUAAGAGUUAUAAUUAUUUGUGAAUUCCAAUUUAUCUCUUGGCAAAAUAUGCCCAAUUUCUUUAUAUUUUAUAAGGUACAUUUUUUACAUACACCAUGGGUCAUAGAUUAAAUUUGUUUAAUAGUUACAUCCAUGGUACUUAUGCAAGUUUAGAAACAUAUUUGCAUUUUUUCUACUUGCCUGAAGGUAGUGAAGAAUGGAGAUAAAUUAAGCUUGUUAUAGUAACCAUGAAUUUUGUAUAAUUAGAUACCGCGUCUCUGCGUGAAUACAGUCUUUCCAAACUCUCGUUUUCCAGUAUAUUGAUGGUAAUUCUGAGUACAGUCUUCAUAUAUCUAGUUAAAAUCUUGCUUAUGAUCGUGCGUGUAGAAACGUUUUUAUAUAGGUCCAAAAGGGAAAAAAAAAAAAAAAA